ACUUGAUGCCGAGUGGACGACGGCCAACUCGCUCCCAGUUUUCACCGAAAAACCCCCCAAAAAUUUGUUUUCAAAUUGAAAAUCACCAAAUCAGACAGAACAAAAAAAUCUUGUGGGAUUACCUGCGUUUUUUUCACAUCCCCCCAAAUCGACUUUGCCGCUAAAGUGACACACAUUUCGUUCAAAAAACCUCCGUGCCAGUUAUUUUUUUUUUUUAAAUUCAAAGUGUCGACCGUGUGUUUAGUGAGUGUUGAAUUUCCCGCCAAUAACCGCUCGUUUGAAAAUUUGAAAAAAAGUUUGUCGUUUCGAUCUCGUCAUCCUUGUCUGCCCCCCACCCAGUGAACGAUUGAAUUGAUGAUCAAAGGGGGUGGCGAGCGCACCAUGAGCUGUGCCCAAGUGAUGUACCAGCCGUACGUGCCCUACUUGUCGUCUUACGACCGGUCGGCGGCCGCAGCAGCCGCCGCAGCAGCCGCCGCCGCCGCAUCGGCCGCCGCCGCAUCGGCCGCCGCCUCCAACGGAGAAUCACCCGAAAAGAAAUAUCGGCUGCAUCACGACGGAUUGACGGACACGGGGGCCGGCGGCUCAGAGAGCGCGGCCGCCAAUUACGCCAGUAAUUACCUGCUGCUGAGACCCAAUUACUCGUCGAAUACUUCGACAUCGUCGUCGGCCGUUCUCAACGGGCCCAGCAGCAGCAACACAAACACCUCGGCCGGAACACCCGUGCCGGUCGGCUCCAAUCCGUCGUCUCCGGUGGCCGGGCCGUCGUCAUCUUCGGCCGGGACCAGCGGCGGAGUCCUGAUGCUGGAAAACGUCUCGCCCGUGGGCAAUCGAUCGGGAUCCUCCUCUUCGAGUUCCCAGCACCUGAUGGUCCAACAACAUCAACAUCAUUUCCAGCAGCAACAACAACAACAGCAACAAUCCAACGAGGAUAUCAAACGCGACUUGUCCGACAUGUGCGGCCAGCAAUCGGCCGGCCAGCAGGAAAACAUGCAAACCGAUCACGACGCCGACGACUCCGACCUACACCACCAACACCACCAGCAGCAACAACAACAACAACACAAAGAAACGCAGUACAUUUCGGCUAAUUGCGUCGUCUUUAUGAGCUACUCGGGCGACACGGCCUCGGUCGUCGACCAGCAUUUCAGCCGGGCCCUCAACUCGACUCAGCCGGAAAGCGCCGGGGGAGUCGGCGGCGGCGGGAGCAGCGGGUCGCCCUACGCCGACGCCUCAUCCGCCGGCAGCAGCGGUGGCGGCGGCAGCAACAACAGUCAGAAAACCUCGUCGGGAAUUUCUUUAGUUAAAAGCGGAACGUCAAUGGCUCAAAGGAGUUUCCCACCGUCGUUUUGGAACAGCAACUACCAGCCGCCAAAGUGUCAGGUGCAGCAACUGCAGCAGCACCAACAACACCACCAACAACAACAACAACAGCAACACCUCCACCAGCAGCAGCAGCAACAACAGCAGCAACAACAACAACAGUUGUACGGGGCGAUGGGGAGCAACCAGCAGUCGGCGUCGGCGGCCAAUCAGCAGCAGCAACAGCAACACGAUCUGUUCAGUCAGGCCGAGGCCUAUCACGCUCACGCGGCGGCUCUCAAUCAUCAUCACCAUCAUCACGCAGCCGCCCAUCAUCACGCGGCCGCCCACCAUCACGCUCACCUGACUCACGCGGCCCAGUCCGACCCCUGGACCCACUACUCGCUCAGCUCGCAGGCCUAUUCGGCGCAUAAUCUUAGCGGAGGUUACGCCGGAGUGUCGGGCGUGUCUGCGGCCACUUCGGCGGCGGCCGCUCGCUUCGGCAGCCACCACCAAUCUUACGGCUCUUUCCUGCUCCACCAGACGGCCAAUCCGGCGAGUCACCGAGUUCUUCCGGCGGCGGCUGCUGCGGCAGCGGCCGCCGCCGCCGCAGCCGCCCACUGCUCCAUCAAAUCCGAGCCGUGGACUUCAGUGUCUCAUCACCGUUACGGCCACCAUCCUCACCAUCCGCACGCUCACCAUCCGGGCGAUCCGCUGGCUCUGACGGCCCACACCGACCUGUCGACGGGUCAUCACCAUCCAGCCAUCGAUGCGGCUUCCUACUCCGCCGGCCACUCCUACACCAACAUGCCACCAGGUUUGGAGGCUGGACAGGUGCAACAAGAGCCGGGCAAAGACCUUUACUGGUUUUGAUUGAUGACAUCAUCAUCAUCAUCAUCAUUGGUGUGGGUUUUUGUUUUGUGUGGGGGAUAAUUCCGAUGGAUCACAUGACGCGCGCGGGACGGACGGAAGGAUCGCAGCAUCGAUUAAAGACAAAUUUCGUUUUUUUUUUUGGCGCCAAUGAUUUCAAAUCAAUUUCACAUUUUAUAUUAUACAAAAAAUUCAUCACCAUUGUGCGUGUGCGUUAUUUUCGUGUACGCGUUUACAUUUCUUUUGACAAAAUAAUUUUCUUUCUUUUUCUUGUUUUUGUGUUUUCAAAAACCUUCACAAAACCCCCCCCCCCCCCCCCCCACACACACACUUUUACCGCAAAGUUUUUUUCGUUGACGUUACCGGUUCGUAUUUUUUAAUCAAUCAAACCCAAAUGACGAGCUAUAAUAAUCUUUAUACAUAUACAUUACAUACAAUAAUAUGACAAAAAAAAACCUAAAUAAUUCUCAUGUGUGUGUGUGUGUUUGUAGUUUCUGGUUACUAUAUUAAUCAGCCGAUUUUUUAAAUUGAAUUAACGAUUGGACGGGAGAGGCAGAGACUAGGUGACAAUUAAACCAAAAAAUGUUGGAAGAUAAAAAAAACAGCAAUUAAAAAUAAAAAGUUGUGCAAGUUUUACAGUUCUUUUUUUUUUACUACUAGCUACUACCCAUUUAAAAACCCGGAAAUUUCAAGUUUUCCCAGUGUUUUGUUUUUCUCUUAUCUCCGCUGUCGAGCGCUAAAAUCUGAAUCUGAUAUGACAUUCGGUUUGGCGAGCGCGUUUUUUUUUUUUUUUAAUAUUCUUAGCCUUCUCGUCUUGGGUUUGUUUAAUUAAAUUUCAGAAAACUCUCUCUCUCUCUCUCUCUCUCUCUCUCUCUCUCUUUUUCUAUGAUUUGUGUGUCUGUCAUUUUUUCCGUGUCUGUGCUAUGGCGAAACAAACAGAAAACAAAAGGCAGAAAAAAAUGUGUGUUUUAAUCGUCAAUGGGACUUUUUUUCGACUAGUCAAAUAAUGUGGAAAACGGCAAAAAGGAAAAAUCAACAAAAAAAUAGAUGGGAUAAUGACAUCACCACUACUUUUCCAACCAAAUAAUUGCAAUUAGAAAUUGUGAAAGACACACAUACACACACACACACACACAGAGCGCGCGCGAUCCAACCCAAACGCAAUCACCAACUGUUCACACGUA